UCUCCUUUUUUCCCCCUUUCACUUUGCUCCACAUUGAAUUUUACUUUGCAGAAUGUAGCAGCCUCUUCUUCUGCCAAGAUGUUCAGAAUGAAGAGAUUUAUACAGAGGUUCUGGAUUCUUCUGCAUGUGUGUUUGUCCACUGUCAUUGGUAAAAUCUGCAUGUUCUUCUUCCCAGGUACUGUGAAGAGCUAUCUCCUGAAGCAGAGAGAAAAGAAUGGCAUGGGAGACAACCCAAAAUUCAUCUAUGACAAUUGGGGUCCGACUUUCUUCAGCUUCCCUUACUUACUCUUUGUCUUGAAAGUCAAAUGGAAGAGGCUGGAAGAUGAAGCCUUUCAAGGCUGUCCUGCUCCUAACACCCCUGUAGCAGAUCUCAGUGGGAAAAUGCAUCGCAUUCUAGACUUCAUGAAAGGUAACAGGCCUUUGGUUCUAACAUUUGGAAGUUGUACCUGACCUUCAUUCAUAUUCAGAUUUGGCGAGUUUAAUAAACUUGUUGAAGAUUUCAAAUCUGUAGCAGAUUUUCUUGUAAUCUACAUUGAAGAAGCUCAUGCCUCAGAUGGAUGGGCCUUUAAGAACAAUAUUGUCAUUAAAAGUCACCAAACCCUUCAAGAUCGUAUAAUGGCUGCACAGAAGCUCCUAAAACAGGAACCCUUAUGUCCAGUGGUUCUAGACACAAUGGAAAACCUGAGCAGUAACAAAUAUGCAGCUCUGCCAGAGAGACUGUAUGUGCUUCAAAAGGGAAAAGUUGUGUAUAAGGGUAGACCAGGACCUUGGAAUUAUUGCCCACAAGAAGUACAUCAAUUUUUGGAACAGUUUUACCUGUAAAAGAACACCUCAAAGCAACUUGUUUCUGAGCAGCACAUACACUCCAUUACCUGAUUACAUUUUAAAAAGUAUUUUUAUUUAUAAAGGGCUGUAUUUAUUUGAAAAAAAAAUGGUGAAAACCUUACAUCACUAAUAUUCAGCAGUCAUAAACUCUCAAUUAAACAAUAAUGUAAGAUCUAUUUAUUAUAUUUACCCUAGAUUACCUGCCAAUGCUAAUCUUCAUUCUUAUAAUUGCCAGUAGCAGAUGCACAAGCUGUUUUACACAUUUGAAAAAUAUCUUUGUGGUGAUUUUUUUAGUGAAGCAAGCUAUUCAAUUGAAAUAGGAUAACAUGAUGGGUUGCUUUAUAUAUAACAGUCUCUAGAUAGUCACACAGAGCAGUGAUCUCUCCUUUAGUGACAGGAGUGCAACAUUUCUCAAUUAUGUUUCUUCUAUAAGAGCUGUAUUCGGAAUU